UCACAAAUAUGGAGGGCAAUAAAGACGAAGCUAAAAAAUGUCUUGAAUUUGCUCGUCGAUAUCUCGCCAAAGGCGAGAAGGAAAAGGCUAAAAAGUUUUUAAACAAGUCCCAAAGGCUUUUUCCUUUAAAAGAAGCCGAAAGUUUCGCUCAAGAACUGAACAAGAAGGACUCGAAAGAGAACGGCGAUGAAAACAUUCACAAUGGUUCAGCUCACAAAACUGAUAAGAAUAACGAAAAAAAUAAAAAUAACUUUGAGGAAUGUGACACUGAAGAAAAGACGAAAGAAUGUGAUUAUACUCCGGAUCAACUCGCGGAGGUCAAAAGAAUAAAUAAACUAAAAGACUAUUAUGAAAUUCUUGGCGUUGAAAAAGAUGCCAAAGAUGCAGACCUAAGAAAGGCAUAUAAGAAAUUAGCAUUACAAUUUCAUCCGGAUAAAAACAGAGCUCCUGGAAGUACUGAAGCUUUUAAAGCAAUUGGUAAUUCAUUUGCAAUUUUAAGUAAUCCUGAAAAAAGAAAGAAGUAUGACUUGUAUGGACCAGAUUCACCAGCAUUGAAUCACAAUCAUAGCCAUAACCACUUUAACCAUAAUGAUUUCGAAGCUGAUAUCACGCCAGAAGACUUGUUCAAUAUGUUCUUUGGUGGAAUGGCUGGAAAUCAAGUAUUUGUUCACAGACGUCAUCCCAGGAGACGACAGCGUCGUCGCCAUUCGGAGGAAGAAGAAUAUGAAACACACGAGGGUGGCCUUGGGAGGGUCAUGCAUUUGAUUCCUAUUUUAAUAUUUCUUGGAAUAUCCGUACUGACGUCACUGAUGGUCCAAGAUCCACCAUACAGUUUUAACAUUUCAGGGCCUUAUCGCCUCCACAGAAUCACACCAAAAUAUAAAGUCUCCUAUUAUGUACAGAGUGAUUUUAAUGAAAAUUAUAGCGGGAAAACAUUAACAAGAUUAGAGAAUCAAAUUGAAAGGGAAUAUUUGGGAAGAUUAAGGUCAACCUGCUUCAGAGAGCAGCAGAUACGGGAGGACAUGUAUGCGAGGGCGAGGUUUUGGAAUGACCAGAGUCUGCUGCGUCGAGCCAACAAUAUGAAGACUGAAUCUUGCGAUGAACUCGAGCGCAUGCGCAAUAGGUGAAAAUAAAUAAACAGGACACGAAUAUUUAAAUUAUUCCCAGCGAGAAAUAUUCGCGUAUAUAUUACCUCGGUCCGUAUACGCACUGUCACCCCCCGGCUUUACCCUUCCUCCCCCCCUGGAAGGCAAUCACCACCGCGCGAUCUCAACUGCAAAUCUCCAUGGUGACCCGGUGAAUGACGCAAGCAAGAUAUGGCCACUGAUCUGUAUAUAUGAUGGAUACGACCUGAAAUCAAAUGUGUAAUGGCCGAUUGCAUAAUGGACUAGGUUUUCAAGUAGGAAUGACUCGAUAAAAAAUUAUUAGUUGGGAAAUAUUGUGAAAUAAGGAAAUACUGUCUUGUGCGCGCGAAAAUUGAUACCAAUUCUCCGGAAUCUGUGAUACGUGAAUAUACAGAAUUUUCAAGACUAUAUUUUUGCUGUAUUUUACAAUAUUUUGCAGUCAAAUUUCGCAAGUGUUCUGAAGUUAGGAUGCUUUUGUGAGCUGAGCCUAUUCUCGUCUAACUUUGUCUAAAAUGCAAUCGUUCUAUUGAGGUUAUUUUAUAGAUAAAUUUGUAUUCUCUGAGAGUUUAACUAUUAAAAGUGGCUUUCAUUUAAGAAGAUAAGACAGAGUAAUUUGUCAG